CUUAGCGUUUGCUCCCACCAUGUCUGGUCGCGGCAAAGGCGGGAAGGGGCUCGGCAAAGGCGGCGCCAAGCGCCACCGCAAGGUGUUGCGCGACAACAUCCAGGGCAUCACCAAGCCCGCCAUCCGGCGCCUGGCCCGCCGCGGCGGCGUCAAGCGCAUCUCCGGCCUCAUCUACGAGGAGACCCGCGGGGUGCUCAAGGUCUUCCUGGAGAACGUGAUCCGGGACGCCGUCACCUACACGGAGCACGCCAAGCGCAAGACGGUCACGGCCAUGGACGUGGUCUACGCGCUCAAGCGCCAGGGCCGCACCCUCUACGGCUUCGGUGGUUAAGUCACCUGCCCGUUCGCUUACAAAGCAAAACCAAAGGCCCUUUUUAGGGCCACCUA